AUGAAGUUCCGCAGGAGUAUGAAGAGUGAGAAGGACAACCGCCCGCACCACAUUUCCAUCCCGCCCAAGGACGCUAUAGCCAUUGUCCCGCCAAAAAAGGUCAUAAAAGCCCUCUACGACUACAAGCCCGCCGACCCGAGCCCAAAUUCUGGCUACCUUGGCUUUUCCCAGGGCGACUUUCUGCACGUCGUCGGGCGCGAAGACGACAGCGACUGGUACGAGGCCUGCAAUCCCCUGCACGGCACCCGCGGACUGGUACCCGUUUCCUACUUUGAGGGCGUAGGCAAGACAGUGCGCGACAGUGGUGGCUCCGCGCCGCGCUCCUCCACUCCCCAGCAGCCGCAACACCAGCAGCAACCGCAGCAACAACAGCAACAACAGCCCCACGACUCAGGCUACCAAGAACGCAUCACGAGCCCGCAGCCCUCGGCACAGGACUUCAUGACCCAGCAAAUGCGCAUGUCGCGCGGAGGCGGCCGCGGCGCCAUGGUCUACGGCAUCGUCAUCUACGACUUCAAGGCAGAGAGGCCGGACGAGCUAGAGGCCAAGGAGGGCGAGGCUAUCAUCGUCAUCGCACAGUCGAACCCCGAAUGGUUUGUCGCAAAGCCGAUAACGCGACUCGGCGGUCCUGGCCUCAUCCCCGUAUCCUUCAUCGAAAUCCGCGAUAUGACGACCGGUCAGGCCGUCGCCGACACACAGGCAGCAGUCACAGCCGCGGGCGUCCCCAAGGUCGAAGAGUGGAAGAAGAUGGCGGCCGACUACAAGAACGGCAGCAUACCGCUCGGAAAGCUCGAGACGAAUUCUGGACAGUCGCUGCAGCAGGGCAUGGAGCGCAUGAGCGUUCGGAGCAACGGCGGGCACAACAAGGCUGGCUCGGUCUCCCACUCACGCAACGGCUCCGUGGCGCAACAGCCAAGAAACCAAUACCGCACAUCCGACAAUCUGCUUGCACCCUGGAGGGCAUGCGUGCCACGCUACUGUUUCGCCGACGAUAUCUUUUGGUUCAUCAUCGAGUGCCAGAUGGAGGACGGCCGGCACUGGGAGUUGCAGCGACUGUACCAGGACUUUUACGACCUGCAGAUACAGCUGAUAGCAACGUACCCAGUCGAAGCGGGCACAAGUGGCUCUGGCGAGCGAACGCUGCCCUUCAUGCCUGGGCCUGUCACCUACGUAACCGACAACAUUUCCAAUGGGCGCCGCGCCAACCUCGACGAAUACAUAAAGAACCUCCUCAAGCUAGGACCGCACAUCACACAAGGUCACCUCGUCAAGGGCUUUUUUGCGCCAAGACAGGGCGACUACGAGAUAGACCCCGACAUCGUUGAUGCGGAAGAGUACCGCCUUUCGCAACAAUCACACCAGUCAUCGAACCCCUCACACGGGACGAGCAGGCAGUCGUCCGCAGAUCAGUUGCAGGCCACAACACCCGUCACACCCUAUUCAACUGGAUCCAACUACCCCUCUCAUCAGCGUGGUCAAUCUACGGCCUCGCAGGCAUACUCAUCGAAUCUGAACCCCCCACCCAUGAAUCACACCCACUCCUCUUCAUCCACCGCUACCAGCACAGGCACGUCUUCUGGUCUCAAGAUCAAGGCCUGGAUCGGAGAAAACGAUUGCGUCGUCAUACGUAUCAAUUCGCACAAGUUCGCCGACCUCUACAGUAAGCUUGUCCAGAGAACAGUAAUGGAUCGCCCCGGUGAGCCACAUAACAAGCUUUGGGUCCAAUGGAUCCAAUACACGUACGACGAGGACGACGAGGACGACGGGGACAACAUAAGAGAAACCCCCCACCCGAUUAGAGAUGACAAAGAGCUACAGGACGCAAUUCAAAAAAACCCCAACCCCAAGUUUCUGGAGCUCAGAGUCACGACAGCGUAG